UGCGAGUUUCACCUUCAAACACUGUGCCAUUGUUUGCGCAAACAUGUCACCGUCGUCUACCGGUGUUGCCCUAUGCCUUGUAUCCCGCUGUCUGUCAAUCUCUCGUGCCUCAGCCGCGUCGAGUGGUACAAUUAUGAUGUUCAUCGACACUCUGCGGCACAAUCUAUCUCAUUCUCCUGACCAUCUCAAACAACAUCAGAUCCAAUCAAUGCAAACACGCUGCCCCGGUGUAGGGGCCCGCAAGAGGUCAGUUGCAGCAUCUGAACGAAGCUUGGCCGAGCUUGUUCAUUUUGAAGAGAGCACCUGUGUAACCUCGAAAAUGCCAAAGGGAACUGUCAAACAUUGUUGUUUCUUCGGCAUGCAAUUGGACGCGUGUAGGAGGAGGUGGCUGUACUUUUGGGAGAUGGCAUCAAACGUCACUGACUCAACAAAUUCCACUGGCAACGAUUGGCAAUUGAACUGGACUGAAUUGGUUGACAGACGAGCAGCUGUCAAACGAACUGUAGGUCAGCUCCAGUACUGUAUGUUGCUAUGCUGUUUACAGAGUGGGAUGUGAUAGAUCAAAAGAGAGUCUGGAUUCGGAUGGUGGGGCGGGUCUAGUGCAGCAAGGAUCUUGUUGAAAGUUGAAACUUGAGGAAGGUGCGGC